AUGGAUGAUUCUCGUUUUAAGAGGCCCUCAAGUUUUAGAGAGGAAAGAUCAUUGAAAAACAAUACGCUCUCAGUUCCAAAUAGUAAUAAUUGGUUAAAUCCAAGUAAAUCUCAAGCUGGUUGUAGUACAUUAAGAGCAGGUGGAUAUCGCAAUAAGGUCGCACUCAAACCAGGUCAUAGCUCGUUAGACUGGCAUGAAUUAACUACAACAAAGGGCAAAAAGUUUGGAUUAGUUACGAAUGUUGAUCGAUUGUUAACAUUAGAUCUAGAUCAUUUGAAAUCUACAAAUUAUCCACAAACGUUGGUUCAAAUAAGUAGGAAGGUCCCCUUAUAUUUGAUUAGACCACCAUUAAGAGUUGAUAAAGAAUUGUUACGGAGGCACAACACUAAGGAUGAUUGUUGGUGCGUAAUACAGGGUAAAGUCUAUUGUUUAACCAAUUAUUUUGAUUUCCAUCCGGGUGGUGUUGACAUUCUCCUGAGGUAUUGUGCUGGUAAAGAUGCUACUAAGAUGUUUAACGAGUAUCACAGAUGGGUUAGUUACGAUAAAUUACUAGAAACUUGUUUCGUUGGUGUAUAUGUAGAAUAG